AUGCCUUAUUUCGGUAUUCAUCGGAGCGUCGGCCACCUAUGGAGUGUACCAUGGAACUCCGUAUCUUUCGAGGUCGAUGAGCGUUACACUACCUCUAACCCCGGAAAUCCGAAUGGUUCAAUAUGGGACAGCCUAGAUCCAGUUGGUCGAGGUUGGAUCACCGUGCAGGACUGGCAGAGGCGUGACUUUCCCCCUUCGUCACGGAACCGGUAUCAGGUGUCAAUGUACCAUCAGUUGCAUUGUAUAGCGACAUUAAAAAUGAAAUUCGGUAAUAUAUACACAGCUCUCAGCAAUACUGGUAGGCUUGAACCUCAAGAAGUACAGGCAAUUAGUGAUGAAAUGGGUCAUACCACUCAUUGUCUCGAGUACUUGCGUCAAUCUACAAUGUGUGCUGCUGAUACCACCCUCGAGCCAUUUACGCCUAAUUUAGGCCUUGAUGGCACUAAGCAUAAAUGUCGUGAUUGGGAUACCAUUUAUGACAUUGCAACGAGGCUCCGAGCUACUGAUAAAUCUGGCAUCUUAGAUUAA